AUGAGCAACGCAAAGACCGCGCUUGGUAUACUGGGCGGAGAAGAUGAGUUACUGCAAAGCUUUGUACGUGUGGGCCUGAAAACGGACACUGACGAUGAUCAGCAGCAAUCGAAUGUAACUUUCUCGAGUGGAGCGGGUGGUGGUGGAAGUGGAGCUGGUGCUGGUGGAAGUGGAACCAGCGGUCCACAGACGACCACCAUCCAACAUCAGGCUAGCCAGGGCAAGCUGGAUACGCAUCUGAUUCGUCAAUUUUCCGAUCAUUGUUCGGAUAUGAGCGAUAAAAAUGCACCCAGAAAGUAUCGAGAUCUGUUUAACGAGCCAGUUGAUGUGAAGAAACGGCGGUACUUUGAUGAAGUGUACACCGACAAAGAUCGUGCUGCUGCCGUCAGCAUAGGAAACUUUGAUAUCAAGCAAAACCUCAUCAACAAACGACGUCAGGAGCGUAACGAAGCGUUACAAACCGAGGAAGCCGAACCGGGUGCCAUUUUGGCACUGGGGAUGCGUGAGAUUAAGAACGGAAACUUGGACAAUGCUGUUCUGUUUAUUUCUAAGGCUUUGGAAAUGAACAACAAUGAUCAAAACGCGUUAGUUGCUAGAAGCCGAUGUUUCUUGCAGCUUGGCGAACCGGGUAAAGCUUUACAGGAUGCAGAGACGGCUCUCGUGCUAGACAAGAACAAUAUUCGGGCGAUCUACCAGAAGGCAGAAGCUCUCUACUACUUGGGCCAGUUUGAACAUAGCCUGAUGUUUUUUCACCGUGGUUUGCGUUUGCGUCCGGAACUGGCUAGUUUCAGGCUUGGAGUCCAGAAAACUCAAGAAGCGAUCGAAAAUACGAUCGGUAACAACACCAAGAACCAGCCGCAGAAGAAACCAGCGAAGGUGGAGAAACCCAAGACUGCUAAACGGAAUCAACUAUCGCGGGAAGAGCUAGAGAAGCGUGCUUCCCGACGACUGCUUGGUGACUUGUACAUUGACAAGGAAUAUCUGGAGAACCUAAUCAAGCAUCCAGAUCUGCGCAAAGCAGAUACAAACACGGAGGGUGUGUCGGAGUUCGCGAAGGAUGCGAUAAACUUUCUGAACAAUAGACAAGAGUUUUGGCGCCAACAAAAGCCUUGCACGAGCUUGAAUGCAAAGAAAAUUACCGGUGCGAAUGGUAUGCUUCCGCGUUGGUUGUAA